ACAUUUCACAGCCGCAUGCCUUUCCAUUGGAUCGGUCAAUGGACUGGGGGAUUCUUCGAAGACACUUCCUUGACCAAGAUUGGGUUUGAAGUCCACCUUGGCCAUGCAGGCCAGCCUUGCCCUGGACUGACAGAUGAGUGGUGCGACACAGAUGAUGAAGGAGACCAAUUCACAGACGGCCCUUGGAUACCAUUGGUUAAUGAUCCUCGUAUGACUAUGGUGGUGGAUACAUCCGGUCUCCACUCCAUGAUGAUCAGAUUCUGUCAGUGCGCUGGUGCACUGAGCCCGGACAUGCAACUAUUUGAAACCGGCCUCUUCCCUGCAUCUUUUACUUCGCCGAAGACAGCAUUUUCAUUUGCGGUGUUGGACGACUUCCUGCUGGACAACCUGGAAUGCGGGACAUCGGCAAUGAACUACUACAGUAAAUUAAGGAGAAUCACAUCAAGCAUGUUCCCUCAUCUGGUUUCAGACCGGUACAGAGAAUUGAUGAGGGUCGGCAGGCAGUGGAGACAAGUGAAGCAGCUCAAGUGGCAUGGGUUUGGCCAUGAGAAGCGAAAGCCGAAGGCAGGGGAGCUUGCACUCUUCUGUCCUGCAUGUCCUCAGCCUGGUGUAAACCUC